AUGGCUGAAUAAAAAGUUGUUUCUGUCUUUGAUUUUGGAAAAACCAGAAAUAAAUUUUGGUAACCUUGUGAUAAAUCUGUCCUGGAUUCUUAAUCUUUUUUAGUCGAGUAAGAAUUUUUGACAGCUGGGAAGGAUAAAGUAAAACCAAUAUUUAUUGUGCUUGGAUUAGAAUAUCUUUAUAAAGUUACUGUCGAUAAAUUAAAAUGUGCCCCUCUGGCUACUAUGCAUUUAAGUUAUAUCGACCCUGGAGCUGAUCACAUGGUUUAAUUAAAUUCUGAUGAGUAACAAUAUGGAUUCAAAUUGACAUAUCAAACAAAAGCUUUGGAUAUCUUUCUAUCUGACAAAUUGUUAUAUGAUCAAUGGAAGCAGCAUUUCAGGAAGGUUUGCUUGUUAUAGAAUUUCCAUGAUGCUUUUAUGGUUUCAAAAUUAAUUGGUAAAGGAAGUUUUGCCAAAGUCUAUUUGGCAACUAGAAAAGAGAAUAAUUAAUAAUAUGCCAUCAAAGCAUUUAGUAAGUCCUUCAUGUAAUAGCAACAUAAGGGAAUUGAGAGUCUGUUAAAUGAAAUGCAAGUGAUGAGAAAAUUAAAUCAUCCAAACGUAGUUAAGUUACACGAAGUUCAUGAAACGACUAACUCCGUGUACUUUGUAGUUGACAUAGUAAGUGGAGGUGAAUUGCUAUAAAGAGUUAGAGAAACAGGCUUUCUGCCAGCUGAAACUCUUUAGAGAUUGGCUUAUAAUUUAUUAUCAGCAUUGAAUCAUUUACAUCAAUUCAAAAUUGCACAUCGAGACUUGAAACCUGAAAAUUUGCUACUACGGUCAAAUGAGAAUAAUCAUGAUAUUAUUUUGGCAGAUUUUGGUUUGGCUGCCCAAUUGACAGAUGAAAAUAUCUUAUUCAAAAGAUGUGGAACUCCAGGAUUCGUGGCACCUGAAAUUUUAGAUUAUUUGGAAGGCUAAUAAUUCUAUGAUGAAAAAUGUGAUGUCUUUAGUGCUGGCGUAAUUUUGUAUCUCUUGAUAACUGGAGGAUAACCAUUUACUGGGAAGGAUCAGAAAGCUAUUCUAAAAGCCAAUAAAGAUUGCUAAAUAGACUUUGAUGACUCUCUUUUCAAGUCUGCUCCCAUUUAAAUGUAAGAUCUCAUCAGAUCAAUGCUAUAAAAAAAAGCAUCUUAUAGGUUGAGUUCUACUGAAUGUUUAAGACAUCCGUAUUUCAAAGAAUUAGCCAAACAAUAAUAAAUUAAGCUAGAGAAAUAUACAAGCAAUUUGGCAGAAUAUAAUUAAUAAUUCAAAAAUAAUGUUAGAGCAGGUUCGAUAGAUAUGACAUUGGAAUAAAGAUCACCUUUAUUUACAGGAAAUCUAAAUUCUAUAGAAUCAAUGACAUGUGUUUCUAACAAUUCAUUUGCCAAAAUUGAAAUGAAACCACCAUCUGUUGUUGGAGCGUCCAAAUUUAGUUAAUACAGUUCUCGUUUGAAUCGAUUAGGUUCUAGAGAUAUAUCUGAUAUUCCUAAUACAUAAUUACAAAAAACAGAGUCAAAGAAACACAUAGAUUUACAUAGAAUUGCAAUUCAAAAUUCACACAGAAAAUAGAUAAUAGAUUAAUUUGAAGAUUAACCUGUGCAUUAAGAAAAUUCAGAGGUCUCUGAUAUGGUUAGGUUAUAUAAUUCUACCAGGUAAAUUCGAAUUCCAGAUAAUUUAUCUUCAUUGUCCUAAACAAAUAAAUAGGCAUCUACUCCAACCAAUAAAAACAAAAAGAAUUCUUGA